AAAAACUGUAAAGAAGAGAAGAGGGUCAAAGGUUAAUAUUAUGAUCGUUGUUUUUAAGCGCAGAAGAGAAUGUAAAGAGUUGUGUGUAAAAUGUAUGAACUAAUAACAGUUGUGGUGACUUAUAAUUGAUUUAAAAUAACUAUGUAUUUACAUUCAGAUAUCUAAUUGAAGAUAACCUAAUUUUUAAGAAGAUUCAAGUUUCCUACUGAAGACAAAGAAAAACAAGUAAGAUGUCGAAUUCUCUUACUCACAAUUUUGUCCAGGGACUUAAGUCUCGAAACCCAGAGGUUCGUGGGAAAUCAGCUCGGGAUUUGUAUUUAUAUGUUAAAACUGAACUACGAGAAGUAUCGGCAGAGGAACUGGCAUCUUUUAUGGAUGAGUUCAAUCAUCAUAUAUUUGAAAUGGUGUCUGGCUCCGAUGUUCAUGAGAAGAAAGGAGGCAUCCUUGCAAUUGUUUGCCUAAUAGAUGCCGAUGUUGGAAAUAUCAACAACAGAAUAUCAAGAUUUGCAAACUAUUUAAGAAAUCUCUUACCAUCUAAUGAUAUUGGUGUGAUGGAACUAGCAGCAAAGACAGUUGGAAAACUAGCACUGGUAUCCGGUACAUAUUCAGCACAGUAUGUGGAGUUUGAAGUGAAACGUGCGUUUGAGUGGCUCGGUGGGGACAGGCAUGAAGGAAAAAGACAUGCAGCCGUGUUGGUGUUAAGAGAACUCGCUGUGAGUGUUCCUACAUACUUCUUCCAGCAAGUGCAACUAUUUUUUGAUCUGAUAUUUAAUGCAAUAAGAGAUCAGAAACCCAUAAUCAGAGAAGGUGCUGUGGAAGCUCUUCGGGCCGCUCUGGUGGUCACGGCACAGCGGGAGACUGCGAAACAGACUCAGAAACCUCAGUGGUACAAGCAAUGUUACGAUGAAGCUUCAAACGGAUUUGACGACACAUUCACCAAAGAAAAAGGGGUAAAUCGAGAUGAUAGAGUUCAUGGAUCAUUGCUGGUGCUCAACGAGCUGAUGAGAUGUAGUAAUGCCCAGUGGGAACGCUCCUAUGAAGAUUUGAUGCAGAAGUUGCAAUGCCCAGUUACUACACCACCCUCGGACUCUGUAAGUUUGCUGCCUCGGCUAAAGUCACCACUAAUCUCCACCAAGACACGCCAGAGCACAGCGUCUCACACUAGUAUCAGCUCCAUAGUGCUGGCCAACAACAAGUCCAAUCCUGAACACAUGCUGUUUGAGAGCUCCGUCUGUCGCAGUCUCAUGAUCGAACAUUUUGAUGAUGUCUGUAGUGAGACUUUGGCACAGAGGAUAUCUCGGUCUACCCAUAUCCUUCAAACUUUGCUGGCCAUUCUGCCUAGGCUUGCAGCGUUCAACAAAGAGAAAUUUGUGAAAACACACCUGAAUCCGACGAUGGUGUAUUUGUUGACAACCCUGAGAGGAAGGGAUCGGGACAGAGCCACCGCCUUUACUACCAUUGGUCUAAUAGCAGUGGCAGUGGAGGAUCACAUCAAACCCUACCUUCCUAAAAUAAUGGAGAUAAUCAGAGCUUCACUUCCUACUAAGGACACUCCUAGCAAGAAGCGGACGUCAGGUAUCGAGCCAACUGUGUUUGUGUGUAUCACACUACUGGGACAUGCAGUGAAGACCCUCAUCAAGUCUGAUGUGAAGGACCUGUUGGAACCCAUGUUGGCCACAGGACUCUCUCCUGCCCUCACCACCUCCCUGCGGGAGCUUGCCACAAGCAUCCCCCAGCUCAAGCCUGACAUUUCUGAAGGUUUGCUCCGAAUGCUGUCUCAGGUGCUGAUGAACAAACAUGUGAGGACCUCUCACAUCCCUGGAGUCUCUGCCAGUCUCAGUUCUGAGCCACAGGAGAUUGCAUCCAUUGUUUUAGCUCUCCGUACUCUAGGCAGCUUCAACUUUGAUGGUCACUCGUUGCUGCAGUUUGUACGUCGGUGUGCAGAGCACUUUUUGAACAGUGAGCAACAAGAAGUACGACUAGAAGCGGUGCGGACAUGUUCCCGCCUGCUGCGAUUGGCUGUGGAGAGUUCUAGUAGUCGCCACUCACACACUGUCACGGCUACUGUCAGCGAAGUACUGGGCAAACUUCUAGUCGUCGGCAUUACCGAUACUGAUCCUGAAGUACGUUACUGGGUCAUGGCAUCUUUAGAUGAAAGUUUUGACAACCAUUUGGCGCAAGCUGAAAAUUUGAGUGCACUGUUUGUUGCUAUGAAUGAUGAAGCUUUUGAGAUAAGAGAAAUGGCCUUAUGUACUAUUGGACGGCUAAGUUCAUUGAACCCUGCAUAUGUAAUGCCUUCUCUUCGCAAAACAUUAAUCCAGUUCCUGACAGAGUUGGAACACAGUGGGAUGGGUCGUAACAAGGAACAGAGUGCCCGCAUGUUGGAUCAUCUCGUGGUCAACGCUCCCAGGCUCAUCAGGAACUACAUGGAGCCCAUACUCAAGGUGCUCGUACCCAAGCUGAAGGAGCCAGAACCUAAUCCUGGAGUGGUCAUCAGUGUGCUCACUGCCAUCGGUGAUCUGGCUGAGGUGAAUGGUGUGAAGAUCCAGCCCUGGAUGGGAGAGCUGUUGGCAAUCUUGUUGGAGAUGCUGGGAGAUGCCAGCUCCCCGGAGAAGAGAGGGGUGGCUUUGUGGGCUCUCGGACAGUUGGUGGGAGCCACUGGUUUUGUGGUUCGCCCCUACAACCAAUAUCCUGCUCUACUAGAUACCCUCAUUAACUUCUUGAAAACUGAACAACAGCCCAUCAUAAGGCGUGAAACGAUCAGAGUGCUGGGUCUGCUAGGAGCCUUGGACCCAUACAAACACAAGAUGAACCUAGGUCAGAUUGACACUCAGGUUGAUUCCACAGCUCUACUCUCCAUGACAGACCUCAAAUCUGAGGCAGAAGCCAGUCACGAGCUCACCACAAGUGAAAUGCUAGUAAACAUGAGCUCUUGCUCAUUGGAGGAAUAUUAUCCAGCCAUCGCCAUCGCUACUCUGAUGAGAAUCAUCAGAGACCCCACACUCUCUCAACACCACACUAUGGUUGUUCAGGCUGUAACAUUUAUUUUCAAGUCACUUGGUAUAAAAUGUGUACCAUACAUCUCACAAGUAAUGCCCAGCUUUCUCAACGUUAUCAGAACAGCUGAUGUGAACUUUCGAGAGUUUCUCUUUCAACAACUGGCUCUAUUGAUUGCUAUUGUGAAGCAACACAUCAGGAAUUAUCUUGAUGAUAUAUUCCAACUAAUAAAGGAGUUCUGGACCAUCAAUAGUCCCAUACAAAGCACGCUAAUACUGCUUGUAGAACAUAUAGCAGUGGCCCUGGGAGCUGAAUUCAAGAUAUUCCUGCCUCAACUGAUGCCACAGAUCUUGCGGGUUCUCACCCAUGACACUAGCAAGGACCGCACUGUCACCAUGAAGCUGCUGGUGGCGCUGCAGAAGUUUGGUAGCAACCUUGAUGAAUACCUCCACCUGGUGUUGCCGCCCAUUGUGAAGUUGUUCGAUGCAACGGAUUGCCCGGUGGCUGUCUGUCGCGUUGCCAUGGAAACCAUUGAUCAGCUCUCUGACACCUUGGACUUCACUGAUUUUGCAUCUCGCAUCAUUCAUCCACUGGUGCGAAGCCUUGAUCAGUGCCCAGAGUUGCGAAACACUGCCAUGGAAACUUUGUGUGCGCUGGUUUUACAACUUGGCAGAAAGUAUAAAAUAUUUGUUCCCUUGGUCAGCAAAGUGGUCACAAGACAUCGCAUCACUUGCACACGCUAUGAACUGCUUACUACAAAGAUCUUAACGGAAUCUACCAUAGCAGCAGAAGAAGAUUUCCUUUUGACAAGGCACAAACUAACCAGAAGUAAAAUUAGAGAUGCAGCUUUGAAUCCUACAGAGACUACCACCAUUAAACGGAUGCAUACGUCAGUUCUCAAUCUACAAAAAGCUUGGACAGCAACUAGAAGAGUUUCCAAGGACGAUUGGCUGGAGUGGUUGAGAAGACUGAGUAUUGACUUCCUCAAAGAAUCUCCUUCUCCUGCUCUAAGGUCGUGUUGGGCAUUAGCACAGACGUACUCACAGCUUCCUAGAGAUUUGUUCAAUGUAGCGUUUGUGUCAUGUUGGGCGGAGCUGACUGAUGCUCUUCAGCAGGAGCUCAUCCGUACAUUGGAGCAAGCCUUGAUGGUACCAGACCUUCCGGAGAUUACUCAGACCAUCCUCAAUCUGGCUGAAUUCAUGGAUCAUUGUGAUAAGGGUCCUCUGCCACUAGACCCCCAACUACUAGGAGAGAGAGCAAUGCACUGCCGAGCAUAUGCCAAAGCUCUUCACUACAAAGAGGAGGAGUUCCACAAAGCUCGCACUUCCCAGGUCCUCGAGUCUCUGAUAUCUAUCAAUAAUAAACUGCAACAGAAAGAGGCAGCUGCAGGACUGGUGGAGUACGUGAUGUCACAUCAGGAUGAACACCUCAAGGUGCAGGAGCGGUGGUACGAGAAGUUGCACAACUGGGAGAAGGCUCUUCAGUCUUACAAGGACCGACUGGCUGAGAACCCUCAUGACAUAGAGCUCGUGCUGGGCCAAAUGAGAUGUAUGGAGGCUUUGGGUGAUUGGGGACAGCUGCAUAGCACAGCUAGUGGACACUGGACCGAGCUGACUGAUGCAGGUCGGGAGCGCAUGUCACGUAUGGCUGCAGCUGCUUCCUGGGGCUUGGCACAGUGGGACUCCAUGGAGCGUUAUGUAUCCUGCAUUCCUCGCGACACUACCGAUGGUGCCUUCUAUCGGGCAGUACUAGCUGUUCACCGUGAGCAGUAUGCUACCGCACAACAGUUGAUAGACUCAGCCAGAGAUCUACUGGACACAGAACUGACUGCCAUGGCUGGGGAAAGCUACCAAAGAGCAUAUGGUGCCAUGGUGUCUGUCCAAAUGUUGGCAGAACUGGAGGAGGUAGUGCAGUACAAGCUAGUACCAGAGCGCCAACCCACAAUCCGGAGCAUGUGGUGGGAUAGGCUUCAGGGGUGCCAAAGAGUUGUGGAAGACUGGCAAAGGAUUAUUCAAGUACACACUCUGGUUGUGAGCCCUCAGGAGGACAUGUUUACAUGGCUCAAGUAUGCUUCAUUGUGUCGCAAGGCUUCAAGACUCAUGUUAUCACACAAAACCCUUGUGAUGCUGCUGGGAGUAGAUCCAUCCCUGACACCUAAUGAUCCUUUGCCAACAAAUCAUCCUCAGGUUACUUUUGCCUACACCAAACACCUAUGGAUGGCUGGCCAGAAAGAGAAAGCAUAUGGUCAGCUGCAUGAGUUCGUGCAGACAUAUCUCACUCAACCGGUGAAGCAGCUGCCUGCCUUGUCAGAUGAUGGCAAGAAUUUGGAGAUGCGUCGAAGACUGCUCGCCAGAUGUUAUCUGAAGCUGGGCCAGUGGCAGGAGAGUCUGCAGGGUAUCAAUGAGCACUCUAUUCCGGCAGUGCUACAAUACUAUGCUGCAGCUACAGAUCACGAUCCCAACUGGUACAAGGCUUGGCAUGCCUGGGCGUACAUGAACUUUGAGACUGUACUCUUCUACAAGCACCAGCAGCAACAGUUGGGCGACGCUCCUAGGACUGGGCUGCCGAGUACUCAGUACAUCUCACAGUUCACUGUCCCCGCUGUGGAGGGUUUCUUUCGCUCCAUCGCUCUGUCCCAUGGCAGUUCCCUCCAGGAUACUCUACGACUAUUGACCCUCUGGUUCGACUACGGUCAGUGGCCCGAGGUCUAUGAUGCUAUUGUGGAAGGCAUUCGUACCAUUGAGAUUGACACUUGGCUUCAGGUUAUACCACAGCUGAUAGCCCGGAUAGACACACCACGCACACUGGUGAGCCGCCUCAUACAUCACCUGCUGAUGGACAUUGGCAAGCAUCACCCCCAGGCCCUGGUGUACCCCCUCACCGUAGCCAGCAAGUCUGCUAGCGUGCCCCGCCGCAAUGCUGCUAACAAGAUUCUGAAAAGCAUGUGCGAGCACAGCCCCGCCCUCGUACAGCAAGCAGUCAUGGUGAGUGAUGAACUGAUAAGAGUGGCCAUCCUGUGGCAUGAACUGUGGCAUGAGGGGCUUGAGGAGGCCAGCUGACUAUAUUUCGGGGAGAGAAACGUGAAAGGCAUGUUUGACACGCUAAUAGAACCACUUCAUGCGAUGUUGGAACGAGGCCCUCAGACCCUCAAAGAAACUUCUUUCAAUCAGGCGUAUGGACGAGACCUGAUGGAAGCCAUGGACUGGUGCCAGCGAUACAAGGUAUCGGGCAAUGUCAGAGAUCUGAACCAAGCGUGGGAUCUGUAUUAUCACGUAUUUCGUCGUAUCUCACGCCAGCUGCCGCAGCUGACAAGCCUGGAGCUGCAGUAUGUCAGCCCCAAGUUGUUGGUGUGUCGUGACCUGGAACUGGCUGUCCCCGGCUCUUACAUUCCCAGCCAGCCUGUUGUCCGCAUCGCUCAUAUACAGAGUUCCCUACAAGUCAUCACCUCUAAGCAGCGACCUCGCAAGUUAUGUAUCAAAGGUAGCAAUGGCAAUGACUACGUGUUCCUGCUGAAAGGCCAUGAGGAUCUCCGUCAAGAUGAGAGAGUGAUGCAGCUGUUUGGAUUGGUCAACACACUACUACUAAAUGAUCCGGAUACAUUCAGGAGAAACCUCACUAUACAGCGAUAUGCAGUUAUCCCAUUGUCUACCAACUCCGGUCUGAUAGGAUGGGUGCCUUACUGUGAUACUCUGCAUACUCUAAUUAGAGAUUACAGGGAUAAGAAGAAAAUUCUUCUCAAUAUUGAACACCGUAUCAUGCUAAGGAUGGCUCCGGACUAUGACCAUCUGUCACUGAUGAUGAAGGUGGAAGUGUUUGAGCAUGCCCUGGAACACACCCAGGGAGACGACCUGGCUCGUCUGUUGUGGCUCAAGUCUCCAAGCUCUGAGGUGUGGUUCGAUCGACGCACCAACUACACUCGUUCACUCGCUGUCAUGUCCAUGGUCGGAUACAUUCUGGGUCUAGGAGAUAGGCAUCCAUCAAAUCUCAUGCUUGAUCGAUUGAGUGGCAAAAUCCUCCACAUAGACUUUGGUGAUUGCUUUGAGGUGGCCAUGACGAGGGAAAAGUUCCCAGAGAAAAUACCUUUCCGCCUAACAAGAAUGCUGAUAAAUGCAAUGGAAGUAACAGGUAUAGAGGGUACGUACAGACGGACAUGUGAGAGUGUGAUGUCAGUUCUACAUCGUAACAAAGACAGCCUUAUGGCAGUAUUAGAGGCAUUUGUGUACGACCCACUUCUCAACUGGAGGCUGAUGGAUCAGGGUGGAACGGUGGUCAAGACCAAACGGACCAAGUCCCAGCCUGACUCCAGCAUCGCCUCCUCCUCCUCCCAGGGCGGGGAGGGUGAUAUCCUGGAGAGUGUGGCCAACAGUCUCAGUGCCACCGUUACCAAGAAAGCCACUGUUCCUAGUAGUAUUGAGAAUAUAGGUGAGAGCAGUCAGCCUGAAGCCUUGAAUAUGAAAGCAUUAGCUAUUGUGACAAGAGUUCGAGAAAAGCUAACUGGGCGUGACUUUGCACAUGAAGAAUCUUUGACAGUUGAUCGACAAGUACAACUCCUUAUAUUGCAAGCAACAGCCAACGAGAACCUCUGCCAGUGUUAUAUUGGAUGGUGUCCAUUUUGGUAAAUAAUUUUCCUGCAGUGAUGCGGCAACCUCUUAAUUAAGUAUAUAAUGUGAAGGUCAGAGUAAAUUUUAGCUUUAUUUUAUUUGUGUUUAGUGAAUGACUCAAUAAGUUGCUAUAGGCAGAAAAAAUUUAUAUUGGACUGCCAUUUGGAGGCAUUUAACUGUAACAUAUUUGAUACCAAAUAUUCACAUUUUCUUGAUGAAUGGGGCAUAAAGCCAGAAUUUUAAACAAUAUUAAUGUUUAUUUUUUACUGUUAAUUACAUUAAAUAUUUAAAGUAUAACUUGUUCUUUGUGAAUAUUGUUGUUAAUAAAGUUACAGUAAAUAUGUAA